CCCGACAGCCUAUAAGUUAUGCCUCUCUUAUGUUUGCACACAUGAUCAGCUUUGGAAACGGUAGCUUUAGUGGUCCUCUUCCUUUUGGUCCACUAAUCACUCGCUAUCUCCAUCGUCUUGGAAUAGAUCUUCGCGACAAGAUUUCUCUCUGCAAUAUCCAUGAUGAUCUACAUCCCAAUCAUGUGUUAAAUCGACUAGAUGCUGAUGUUGGUAGUCGAAAGCUUGUCUCUGCCUCAGGGGGAGUAGCUGCUUCUAUGUUCUCUGCAAAUGAUGACACCAGAGGAUUAGUUGCAGGACUGACUCACGCUGCUGUUACAACAGUGGAGAAUGAGAUCAAACGUGGGAAAGAGGUUGGAAAUGCCUCAACCACCAAACUUCAAGUGUGCAAAGAACGCCUAGAACUCUUGGAAGCUGAUGAACCUAUGCCUGCUCCAGAUAACUUUGAUCCUAUAUCUUCUGACUUGGAUUCUGGGGAUGAUAUCUCAGAGUACGAGUCACCUCCCAACUAUCCUUUCUAGGAUUCUGGUUACUCUUCGCAGGGGGAGCAAUUGUUCUUUGCGUCGUAGUCCAUCAAGGAUUAGGUAGAUGUGGUCAAGUGUGUUGUUAGUGUUCAUGUGGUUGUGUUUGAUCAUGUGUGAUUGUGCGUUUGUGGUGAUUUAGAAUGUGGCUCUUUUGAGUAUAUGAUUGAAUUAAAUAAAAAUAAAAGC